AUGAUGAAGAAAGAUAUAUCACGAGCUAAAAUUGAAGAAGUUUCAAAUAAGAAAAGAAAGAGGGGGGAAAUUGAUGUAACAAAAGGAAAGACGGUAGAGGAAUACAAGAAAUCGGUUGACUUGAAACUUGAAGAAAAGAGCGAUAAUGAAUACGAAAGCUCUGAUGAUGACGAGAUUGCAGAAAUUGGAAGACAGAAUGAAGAUGAAGAGAAAAGAAGGAAAAAAAUGAAAAAAAGAAGGGAGGGUGAUGAUGGUUCUGAGUUGUUCUCUAAAGCAAUGAACGCUCUCUUAGAUACGCAUUUAAAGGCCCAUGAUAGAGUUGAUCCUAUUUUUGCCAGGUCUAAAGGGCAGAUAAAGAAAUUUGAAGAUGAAAAACUUGAGCAAAAGGCUAAAAAGUUAUUACUAGCUAAAAAGCGCGCCAAGAUGAAUGCCAGCAGAAGGAUGAAUCUUAUUUCGGAUGCUGCGGAAGGGGAAACGGCUCAGGUGACUCUACAAAGAGAGAAAAGCUUGAAAAAAGUGGCACGUAGGGGUGUUGUGAAGUUAUUUAACGCGAUAAUGGCAGCACAAGCACCAGCAGAUAACGCCGUUUCUCGAUCUAAAGGAAGAUACUUUAGUGAGAAGAGAGAACAAGAAGAUAUAACAGAUGUUUCUAAAGAGAAGUUUUUAGGUAUGGUUCAGGCGGCGGCACAGAGAAAAGUUUAA